UAGUAAGGUUUGUUUCCUUAGUUCUCUGUUUACUUGAAAUGUUCUUACUUGCUUGGUAAAGAAUAGAACUUUUGAACUGACAUUUGAUUUUUUUCCUCAGACUGUCCCUGUUCCUCUCCAGCUUGCUCAGACUGUCCCUGUUCCUCUCCAGCUCUCUCUCUUGUAAGCAUUGUACAUCUUCUUGUCUUUGUUUGUCUUUUAUGGGUUUGUAUAAUAUCUCUGAUGGGUUUGUGUUAAAGAAUAGACACAGCGGUUUUGGUUAUUGACUCUACUCGGUUUCUCUCUUCUUUUUUGCAGGCUCUGUCAUCUCAAGCUCACUCUCUACCGCUGUUCCUCACUUUUUAAGAUGGCAAAAGAGACUUGGACUCCUGAAGAAGUUAGGUAUUUUUUCGAACUCUAUGCGGAAGAGAGAAGAAAAGGAAAUAGAACGACAUCAAUGAAUAAAGUAGGGAAACAGAACAUCAUAGACGCGUUCGAAAAGAGGUUUAAGAAAGGAUUUCUUGAGUGGCCUUUGUUGAAGAACAAGUACGACACAAGUAGAAAGAAGUACGUCAAAUUUAGGAAGUUGAUUAAGAAUAAGACAGGUCUUGGGUUUGACAGCAUGGGAAGGGUUGAUAUGUCAGAUGAUUGGUGGAGUGAGCGUGAAAAGGAGUGUCCUGGGAUUAGAAGAUCUGUAUGGAAAGAAGAAUUUAAUAUGGAUAUGUUUGAAGAAGAAUUUGGUGCUGUAGUAGUAACUGGAGCAGAAGGAUGGAGUGCUCAACAUGGAGAAGCAAGCUUGAACUCUGGAGUGGGUGUAGAUGAUGGUGAUGAAGUCGAUUCUCAGCCAGCAGCAGAAACUCAAGCAGCAGCAGAGACAGAAACUCAGCCGCAGCUCCAAACACAAACCCAGCGCCAAACUCAGACUCAUUCUGGAAGUUCGAGAGGAAAAAGAAGGCGUAAGGAGAAGGAUAUGGUUGUAGAAGCUUGUGACAAACGUACUGAAGCGCUUAUGGUGAAGAACAAGAUAGCAGAACGGAUGUUGGAGCGUCAAGAAGCUUCAAUGGAGCGUCAAGAAGCUUCUAGUGUUGAGAAUGUGUUAGAGAUUCUGUACACAUUGCCUGGAGUGAGAGAGUGGUCUCCAUUAUAUGAAGCAGCAAUGGAACAUCUUAUAGACAGUGAAGGGAGCAGAAGGGCUUUUAUAACAAUGAAGACAGAUGAAGCUAAGACUAAGUUUCUAGAGCUUAGGACCAAGAUAAAACGUGACUAUGAAGCUUAGGACUAUUAUGGAACUUAGGACUAGUAUGGAACUUUUGCUUUUGGUCUGAUCUUUGUAUGAAACUGCCUUUUGUAUAUGCUGGUUUAGUAGACUUGGUUUUGAAUCUGGUAACAAAAUGUUUACUUCUCUUAUGUCUGUGAAAUAAACUCAUUACGUUUGGUCUAAUGUGUGAUUGGUCUAAUGUGUGCUUGGUCUUAUAAACUCAUCUGCUCUAAUUACGUUUAUAAACUCAGCGCCAAAGUCUAGGUCUAAUAAUUAUAUAUAUGCCGUGUGUAGUUUUACAGGUUUGUGUGAUUGGUCUAUAAUAAUUAUAUAUAUGCCGUGUGUAGUUUACAAAAUGUUGUUAAAUCUACAAUUUUACAAUUUUACAAAUUCAUAAAAUUAAAAUAUGAAAUUUUACAAUUAAAAUAUGAAAUUUUACAAUUAAAAUAUGAAAUUUUACAAUAUUUUACAAUUUUAUAAUAUUUUAUUUAUUUAAAAUAUAAUUUUUAAAAUUCAUAAAAUUAAAAUAUGAAAUAAAUGAAAAUUGCGUCUGCGGCAACCAAACGAACAGAAUUAAAUCUACUUUCUGCGUCUGCGGCUGCGGCUGCGGCAAUGUCCUGCGUUUACGAAACGAACAACAAGCUGCGGCUGCGGCUGCGGCUGCGGCUGAGUCUGCGGCUACAAAACGAACAACAACCAAACGAAUGGCCGCAGCCGCAGCCGCAGACUCAGCCGCAGCCGCAGCCGCAAAAACCCGCGUCAGUGAAACGAACAGCACUAAUGUAUAAACACUAUUUGAAUGGUUUAGUUUGUAACUCUGCCUUGUUUCAUUGUAAAAUACAAAUAUAGUUUCUCAGUACCUUGCCACUACUUCAAUGCCUAACGAGGUUCAGGUGGCUUUAACAAGAUUAUUAUCUUAGGAAGAUAAAACGUUUUCCGCAAAUUUUAUACAAAGUUUCCGAUCUUAUUUUCAGCCAUUGUCUCAUUAGAUACAACAAGACCAACUUUAACAUGUUCCUUGCUAGAUUUAACUUGGUCAUUCGUCCUAGAGUUACCGUUGGGAUUGGAUCAUCUGUUGGAAUCAUCUCGGACUGGUUAAUCUGCUUCACUAGGAGGAAGUUUGAAAUUAGCUCCAAUAUUUUGAACUCUUACCACUCUCAACAGCUUCUUCUGCAAGUAGUGAACUAUUGAAAUUAACUCCGAAACAGCUUUGAUAAGGUAUGAAUGAAUACAUGAUGUAUGUGGUAUCCGUGUGAUAUGAUAUUUAACUUUGAGCUUGUAACAAAAAUACAGGAACGUGGUUAGAAACUAUUAUGAGACAGAAAAAAAAAAAAAAAA